AAACUUUUCGAUAUUUUGCUUCAUCUUCAGAACAGAAGGCCAUUUCUUGUUUUCUGAUUUUACAUCAACUUUUUGGUAGUUAAAUAAAACAAUUCUAUUCAAUUGUUAUUUAAAAAGUAUACCUCAAAACAUAUUUAAUAUGAGUUCAGGAUUUGUAACUGAAACCGAAGCAGCUGAAGCACGUAAACGUCGACAAGAAGAAUGGGAAAAAGUUCGCACACCAGACCAGCCGCUGGAACGUCCUGAAGAGCCCUACGACAACAGAACACUCUAUGACAAACUUAAGGACCAGAAAAUGCAAAAAGAUUUGGAAUACGAGGAGGCACAUAAACUUAAAAAUCUCAUUCGUGGAUUGGACGAUGAUGAAGUUGAAUUUCUGGACCUUGUCGAUAGGACUAAAAUGAACAAAGAGAAACUUCAAAUGCAGGAAGAAGCUAAAGAACUGCGAGAAUUUCGAGAGCGUGUUGCUACAGUUCAAGAAGAAUCUAUUGAUAAAAAAAUCCAAUCAGAAAUAGGUAAGUCCAAACCUAAAACACCACAUGCCAGUAACUCUUCGUCCAGACAAUCGCAAAAAUCACUUAUGGGUGCGGUAGUGAAACGCAAAAAUGGUGAAUCCAAUGCUGUGUUACCUAAAGUCGCUAAAACUGAGACCAUUUCAAAGAGUCCCAAGAAAGCCGAAGAGGUGGAACCUGACAAUGACCCAGAGCCCAACAAACUGCCUAUAAGCAUUACAACAAAUCAAUUUGACAAGGGAAAUUUCAAGUGUACAGCAAUUCUACCCGGAAUCGGUCCGUAUAAUGAUACCAGCGACUCGGAGAUGAGCAGCGAUAGCGAAGAUGAGCCACAGACAUACACUCAAUAUGAUUUGGUGGGUCGGAAGCGACAAAAGAGGAAAGCUGAUCAACAUGAGUAAUGGUGGUUUAGAAACCUAGAAACUCAGAAAUAAUUCGUUUUAAUAAAGCUUUUUCUUCAAAUA